ACCCCAACAUCAAUGGAUGUUACUUCAAUCUGUACUAUAUACCUUAAAACAGCUUUGAAGAACCACUAAUACCUCAACAAAAUGCCGCCAGAACUGAAAGAUAAAAUCCCAGACCUAAGCGAUCUUAAAAAUAACUUCAGGGAGUUCAAGGAUGUCCAGCUUCCUAUAGAUAUCUUGCUCCUGACUGUGAAAGACAUCGAGUUUCAAAGCUGUUACUUCUACCUAAAAGAUGUCUUUCAGAGCUACGAGAAAGAUCUCGGCUAUGUGUAUUUCGGAGAGAUGGGUGAAGUUGGAAAUGCGAAACUGAAAGUUGCUUUAUUCAAAUGUUCAGCAAAGCCUGGGGGAGCGCUACUCGCGGUGAUGAACACUGUGAGGAAAUUACGACCGAAAGCUGUCUUUUGUGUCGGUUGUUGUGGAGCAUUGCAUCGUGACAUGACCAAUUUAGGAGAUGUUAUAGUCUCUGCAAAGCUGACUACUUUCGCCCAAAGACUAGUGACGAAUCAGGGAGUUCAUCCUUGUGGCUUUUCUGUGCCAGUCAGUAACGACAUCGGUAAAAUCAUACAAUACGCUAGUUGUGGCUGGAAGGCCCCUUUAAAGAACCCAGAAGAAAGAGGGUCUGUGAAAGUGCAUACUGAUGGAGAGUUUUUAAGCGGACCAGAGGAGAUUGAUUCUGAAGAAAGAUGGCGCGAACUCGUGAAGCUUUACCCCAAUGCAAUAGCAAUCGAAAAGGAUGGCGAAGGUGUGUUUAGUGCAGCACAGGACCUGAGGAUGGAGUGGGUGGUCAUCAAAGGCAUCUCUAAUUAUGUAGACGGCACUGCCUCUUUCACUGAGAAGUGGGAGCCUUUUGCUAGCGCCAUGGCAGCUUCUGUUGUCAACAAUAUCCUCCGUACGCCCGUUGUGUUCAAGGAAUGGGCUCAUUACAAGAGUAGCGAUACAGCAAGAGCACAAAAUGAAGCUCAAGCCUCCGCUCGAUUCAAUGCAGAAGAAGGAAACGGAGGUAGUUGGGACAAUACCUUGGGAUCUCUGCUGCAGUCAUUAACCAGUGAAUCGGGUCAGGUCAAUUUAAAGGGUCGUGUGAUCUGCUACAGAGCAGAUGGUCGCUUCCGUGGGUUCCAGUUGGAGUAUCUUGGUGUCGCCUGGGAUGUGGAGAGUGGAACAAGUGUAAAAGCCAGGCACUACAAAAGUAGACAAGGUGCCAUUGAACAUGCUGUUAAGCAGUUGAUUGAUGAACUCAAGGCUAAAGGAAUACUGAGUUAAAUCAAACGUAAAGGAAAGACUAUAUUUUCCCUUCGUCUUCAACCGUGAGGUGAAACAUUAAAUUUCAAAGCAAUACAAAGAUUUGAAGGAUUACAUCACUGUCCUUUUACCUUGAAAAACUCAAGUUUCCCGCUCUCUAUUUGGACCUAUAGUUUUGUAGAAAUUGAUUUCGGGGUAGUUUUUAAUAUAAGAAUUAAUCUGACACAGUAAAUAAUUGAGGUGAAGAAAUUUUUUCUUUUGAGUUAUAACAUUACUGAAGGGGAUACCCUGACUUAGGGUUAGAUUAGAAAUGAACACCACAUACAAUUCAAGUGAAUGGCACUUUGACCCUCUCAGUGCCGCCCGGAAGUGAAGCUGUUUUUUCGUUUUCAUCUUUUUUUACUUAAUGUCUUCUUCAAAAGCUAUUCUUAUACCACAGUUUUUUUAAUAUAUAUGAGUGUGUGUACUUAUUAAGCUUCUUACGCACAAAGUUUUGUGCGGAAAACUUUGUGCGGAAGUGAAGCUUGUAUUUGCUUAUAUAUAAAAAAAAAAAAAAAAA